UCUAGCAGAGUGACAGAGAGAGAGGUAGAGGGAGAGAGAGAGAAAGAGGUGUACAGACAAACGGAGAGUGAAAGUAGGGCAGCGGAAGGAAGAACAGAGAGACUACUUCUUGCUAUUCCACGAUUGCUGAGAGAGAUUUGACCAUGAAGUUCAUCUGCCUCUUGUUCCUGGUGGGUGUGUCUAUAGUUCAGGCAACUCAUCAGGACUCCUCCAGGGUCUACUCCACCGUACCCUCUCAACUCCAGCCCCAGACGCAGCCUCCAGCCGAGGCCAAGUCCCGCUUUGCCAUGCUGGACGAUGUCCGUCUCCUUGCCAACGGCUUGCUCCAACUGGGUCAGAGCCUCAGGGAGUUUGUCCACAAGACCAAGGCCCAGAUCAACGACAUCUUCCAAAAACUCAACAUCUUUGACCGCUCCUUCUACCAGCUCUCUGUGGUCACCUCUGAGAUAAAGGAGGAAGAGGAGGAGCUGAAGAAGACCACCACAUUCCUCAAGGCCAACAACGAGGAGAUCCGGAACCUGUCGCUGGAGAUCAACUCCAAGAUCAACAGUAUCCUGCAAGAGAGGAGCCAGCUGCAGAGUAAAGUAGGAGGGCUGGAGGAGAAACUGAAGGGACUGUCGGAGAGCAUGUUGCCCGCAGAGCAGCUCAACGAGAUCAAGUCACUCAAGGAUGUGAUUGAGGCUCAGGAGAGGACCAUCACGGACCUGCUGAAAGCUGUGAGGGAGCAGCACGAUCAGCUCAACCACCAGAAAACUAAGAUCAAGACUCUGGAGGAAAAGAUCAGCAUUGACAAUUUCCAGGACACGACUGACAAUGCAGCGGAUUCCAACUCGGAGACGCCAGACAUGUUUGAAUACCUGAAAGGCAACUCCACUGGUCUGGACACAGACCUAUCCAUGGACUGCAGUGAUCUGUUCAACAGAGGAGAGAGGAACAGCGGGGUGUACUCUAUCAAGCCAAACCAGUCUGAGCCUUUCAACGUGUACUGUGAACUGACCUCAGAAGGAGGUUCAACAGUCAUCCAGAGCAGGGAGGACGGGUCUGUGGAUUUUGACCAGGCAUGGGAGAAGUACGAGAACGGAUUUGGGGAUCUGGGAAGAGAGUUCUGGCUGGGCCUGAGGAAGAUCCACAGCCUUGCUGGUCAGGGUGAAUCUAUCCUGCGUAUUGAGCUGGAGGACUGGAAGGAGGAGAGGAGGUCUAUAGAGUACAAGUUCACCCUGGAGGGUCCCCAGGCCCACUACACCCUCCACCUCACCCACCUGUCUGGUGAUCUGCCUGACGCCAUGGGCAACCACACCGGCAUGAGGUUCUCAACCAAGGACAGAGACAACGACAACCACCAGGACUCCAACUGCGCCAAAAACUACACAGGUGGCUGGUGGUUCAAUGCCUGUGGCGACACCAACCUGAACGGCAGGUACAUGUGGCUGAGGCCAAAGGGUCGUUCCAUGAGGAGGAAAGGGAUCCACUGGAAACCUAUGGGAACAUCCUACUCCCUCAAGACCACCAAGAUUUCCAUACGACCCGCCUCACCGGCCCCCCUCACUUCAAGCCCCCCUUAACCUCGUCCCACCUACAUUACACCUUGUUGGAAUGGCAACAACAAAUACACCCCCUCUCGCCGGAACCAUCCACUGACCCACCCUCCCAUUACAGAUUGUUGGCAUGGUAACAACAGAUAGAGCAGUUGUUGGCAGCAGAAAAAAGUCAGCCGCCAAUAACAGCCAGCCACCAAUUUGCAUGACAGAGAAAAUAAGCUGAUUCGUCAGAAUGAUGCAACAGCAGUCAGCCAGUCAGUGACCUCACAAAUGUUCCAGAAACACAAAUAGAGUUGGGUAACAACUGGGAGGGGAGAUCGGUUUCAUAAGAGCCAAGUUUUGUUUUGGUCAGGAUGGAAUGUCAGAUGAUUCAACACUGUCUAUCCUGGUCUGCAACCCAUCCCAGCACUGAGAAGUUAGGCUACUUUCAAUGGGUGAAAAAAAUGAUUCAAUUAUAUAACCGACAGACCACUCUGCUUUAGAUAUAAUGAGUAGUAACUGUUAAAUAAAUGAACUGCAUGUGACAAAGGCAUAAUCCUUAGGCAUGUCCUUAUCCACUCUGUAUUGUAUUUCUGCACGUUCGGUGGCUGUUGCUGAAUGUACCAAAUAUCCAUAAUUGUUUUCACUAUCUUUUUUAACUUUAUACUGUAUUUAAAACCAUUUUGAUAAUGUUCUAUUAAAUGUGCUGCAAGGUUAGUUAACGUCAGGUCAUUUACAUUGAUCAUAUCAUUGGGUCAUAUUGACUCUCGUCUCCUGCCAACUCUGUGUUAUCUUUCUGCUGCAUUUAAAACGGCUGUUACUUACCGUCCAUAUUUUGUUUCUUACUAAUUAUUAGCUGAGCGAUUAAAUGAAAUGUAGUUUUCCCCCAUUAUUAAACAACGAAUUGACCGACGUAGGUUCAAUUACUUGAAUUCCAUUUAGUUUAGAUUUUUUUGUCAGUUCAACGCACCGUUUCUCUAGAGAUAAAUAAAAACAAGCAAGAGAGAAAUCAGAUCAAGAACAAACAGAUGCCACAGGAAGUUUCUCCAACAGAAAAAUAUUCAACCUAGUUCAGCUCAGAAAAGUAGUAAUUAACUACAAUGCCCAUAAUCCAUUGCGCCUGUACUGCCUGCCCUGUUACUCCCGGCCAUAUGCAUGAGAGAGGCAUGUACACAACACCGACGAGAGGGAUAGAGACAGUUGGUGAGGUAGCUCUACCCGAUUGACAGUUGUAGUAUUUGGUAAUUAGCAGUCAUGAAAGUGAUUUGAAAGUGAUUUUUUCAUACAGCUCUACAGCAUAGGCAGCUAGCUACUAGCCUAGCUAAAUAUGAUAACUUGUUGGGGAGAACAGAGAUAAUGUCAGAUGGUUGUCUGGCUGGCUGCUACUGCUUGAGCAGAGAUGAGAUGUUGACUAACAAAUGAAAUAAUAGGUAGUCAUUAAAAAUAAAAAGUAAUAAGAUAAUAGAAUGUUUUCAAUGUUUUGGCAAUUGGAUGUUCUCAAUAGUUGGCUUUGGAAUAUUCAUUAUAUUCAAUAUUAAUUAUGUAUUGUAAGGUUAUCAUUUAAUGUAUUUUUCUUUUUUAAACAAAAAAUCAAAAACCUAAAAAAACACUAAUCGCUCAGCUCUAUUACUUCCACCAUAUCAGAGAGACUCUAGUAAACUACUGUAUAUUUAUAAAGACAAAUAAAACCAACAUAUUGAAAAACAAAAA